AUGGCAGACCUCGAGCCGACACUUGAGCGAUUUCGAACAGCAUACGACAACCCGGAAUACCAGAAGGGUCUUAACGUGGCGUUGAGGGAGGCACUCAAGCUAUAUGCCUCAGCUGCGCAGCUAGAUUUUGUCCAAGACAAUGCUGGAAACAUUCACGUCUCGCAGCAUGGGCGUGAUCCGGACUUGGCAGACAUUGCAAUAUCAUUCCAGCUGGACGAGCAUCGGUCGAGGGCGGCGUGCCAGAGUGCGUUCCGGGUCUUCUACGAGCUACAAAGAGAGAACUUGCUGUGCGGUGUGACGCUGCUUGGCUGGAGCUCAGUCGGCGACGAGUACGUAGGACGACAUCUCUGGGAGAGCGCUGGCCUGAAAACCCAGAAUCGACCUUCAUACCCCGAAGUCCAACAAUUUUCAAAUUUUGCGGAUGUGUCGACGUUCCAGCUAUCUGCGGUCUUCGAGGUCGUCGAGGAACAACAGGAGCAGCUGCAAGUGGAAGGCGCUACAGUCCUCGUCGAGCAGAUACAGGAACUCGCAGACUCGCCCAUCUCUGCCAGGCUGUCUCCGCGAAAGCAAUCGCGAGCACCGGGGGUGUGUUUGAGAGGCCCAGGAGCGGAGCGUGUGGCGUGUGGAGCGAUCAAGGCGUACAGCAGCUACAUUGGAGCCCUGUUUGACAAUUUCGACUAG